GAGGACGAAGUGAGUGAUAACAGCGCCGAGUGUGUGGUGUGUCUCUCAGAUGUCCGGGACACCUUGAUCCUGCCCUGCCGCCACCUCUGCCUCUGUAACACCUGUGCAGACACCCUGCGCUACCAGGCCAACAACUGCCCCAUCUGCCGGCUCCCUUUCCGGGCACUGCUCCAGAUCCGAGCCAUGAGGAAAAAGCUGGGCCCCUUGUCCCCAGGCGGCUUUAACCCCAUCAUCUCAUCCCAGACGUCCGACUCUGAAGAGCAGUCAUCCUCAGAGAACGUUCCACCAGGUUAUGAAGUCGUAUCUCUUCUAGAGGCCCUCAACGGGCCGCUCACACCAUCCCCAGCGGUCCCUCCACUUCACGUGCUUGGAGACAGCCACCUCUCAGGAAUGCUGCCUUCGUAUGGCAGUGACGGUCAUCUGCCCCCUGUCAGGACGCUCUCCCCGCUCGACCGCCUGUCAGACUGCAGCAGCCAGGGACUCAAGCUCAAAAAGAGCCUCUCCAAGUCCGUUUCCCAGAAUUCUUCUGUGUUGCAUGAGGAGGAAGACGAGCGUUCCUGCAGCGAGUCUGAGACGCACCUCUCUCGGAGGCGGUCUGCACAAUAUCUCAGAGAAGAAUAUGGUGAUACUCCAGAAAGUGAGAAUCUGACCUUGUCCUCGUCUGGAGCCGUUGAUCAGUCCUCUUGCACAGGGACCCCUCUCUCCUCCACCAUUUCCUCCCCAGAAGACCCCGCCAGCAGCAGCCUGGCCCAGUCGGUUAUGUCCAUGGCGUCCUCCCAGAGCCAGCACUCCCAGAUCAGCACCGACACCAUUUCCUCCAUGUCCGGCGGCUCCUACAUCCCCCCUGGCCCGGAAGAAGAGGGAGAGGCUCUCCCUUCCCCCCAGGCUGCCAGGAGGGCCCCAUCAGAGGAAGGAGAGGUGUUGCCACUGGAAUCUCCAGAUGUCAACUUUGUUGGCCACCCAGCCGAAGAGCAGGACGCAGAGGGAAAUGACGUUCCGGAGGAAGAGGAUGGAUCCCCCACUCAGGAAGACGGCCAGAGGACAAGCGCAUUUCUAGGUAUGGAGUAUGACAAUAACAAUGACUUUGACAUCGCAAGCGUGAAAGCACUGGACAAUAAGCUGUGCUCUGAGGUCUGCUUACCUGGCACCUGGCAGGCUGAUAACAAUGCUGUCGGUCAGAGGAAGACCCGGCGACGCUCAUCGUCCAGCAGCCUGGAGGACCCCGAGGAUGGGACCUGUGUGUGGGGUCCGUUAGCUGUCUGAAGAGCCCCAGGCCCUGUACCAGGGCUCCCCUGCUGUCCUCGCAGUCUGUCCUGUCCUCACCAGGCCACUGGCCCCCAGGGCAUCCUCAUCAAGACACGUGUCAACUCUUAUCCUCAUGUGAAAGCUGGCUGGUGAGGCCAGCCUGCUCCUUCUCCCAGCCUCGCCUCCUCCUGUAACCAUGGUCCUUUCCCUUGCAGAGUGACUGGAAGCCCUGCUUCGUCCUGUGGGCUGAAGUCACUCGAACUGCAGCU